AUGACGAAACCAUCCAAGGCCGAGAUCUACCUGUCACAACUAGAGAAUUGUCGCUGCGAAGACAACUGGGACGCCGUGCCCGAGGCGGUGCGCAAGAUUCGCAAACAUGCACCAAACAGACAAUGUCUUGCGACGACUGCCGAAACUGAAUAUGCCAUCAUCAAAGCCCAGCUGAAGCAGACGGCGCGUCCUGCCACUGCAGUCUCCCAGACGGACCUCGAUAUCACAAAUCUUCUCCCAAAACUUCUCGAGGCAAUCGAAAAUGAGCACACCUUGCAGGAGGACAAGUAUCAGGCACAAGUCUGCGUAGGAUGGCUGCACUGGGCCGUCGGAGAGUACAGCAUUGCCGUAACCCGUCUGCCGAGUGUUUUAGAACAGGAUCCCGAGGAAGUCUCAGAAUGGACCCGAGUCUGCACGCUCAAGGCCGCCUACCUCAAGGCAAAUUGUCUUUCUCGGGACAAUGAACGACUCCAGGCCCUCGCUGUCUUUGAGGUCGCCUUGAGUUCCCUGACAAGAGUUUGGUCCACGCAAAAAGGUCGCAAGCAGCUACAAUUCUGGGCCGAGCUCUUCCUGACCGAGUUCUGCAUGCUGCAGUCGCAGGCAUUGGAAAGAGGCGAGAAGAGCUUGGACGACUCGACAGUUCUGGCUCCAUAUCGCUCGUGGGCACGCUACUGGGAGACUUCCAAGAGCCAGGGCACUCCUCUCGUCGGUGGUCACGGUUUUAGAGGAGCUGUGCCGAGAAGAAGGGUAUGGCGCGAGUAUUACACUGCUCUUUCUGCCAUCCUAGACCAGGAUCUGCCUUUCCCGACCGCAGAAGUGCCUACUCUUUCAAACGAGGCAUCGGCACGGAAUCAGCUGCGUAUGGAAUUGAAAAAGGUCGAGGCUGCAUAUGAGGCGCUUUUGCUGGACGAGACCCCGUUUCCCCGCGCAGACGAGGAGCGCGAGGAAAUUGAAGCCUUUGUCGCUCUUGUCAUGAGCAACUGGAGUAUUCUGAAUGGACGCGACUGGCACGAACACGAUCUUGCUCAUGGUGGUAAGGACGCCCUGAGCCGUGGUAUCCUCGAAAUUCUAUACCGAGCCGCGACCAAGACUUUUCACUCAACCGCCAUUUUGCGUCACCUCUUCACGGUGCAUCUUGCUGUGGCUGAAUUUGACUUGGCCCUCAAGGCGUUCAACUCGUACCUGGAAAUUGUCAAGAAGGGCAAGGCUCGCAUCGACAAAACUGGACACGCAGAACCUAGCCUUGACGAUGAUGCUACUGUGCUCGAGACCAUCUCGGCGGCUAUUUCAGCUCUGUGCAAAUACGGUUUCCGCGAGGAGGCAGAAGCAGCCUACGGUCUUGGAAUUGAGUUGGAAGAAAUGUUACAGAAACUACCAGCACCGAUGCCCAACACUGCAGAUAUAACAUCGUUGCCCGAGGAAAACGCUAAUGGCGUUGUUCUCCACCCACGUAUUUCAGCAAAGGCGAAUGCUCUGGCGUGGCAAGCGAUUGGUGUAUCGCAAGCUCAGUGGGCUAGGAUGACAUUUGACGCUGCUUCCAGGACGGAAAUACAGGGUAAGGCGAUUCGAAGCUUUCAAAAGUCCCUAGCACCAGACACUGGAAAUCCAGCCGAUGUUCGGACUCUUUUCACUCUUGGUCUCCUCCUGGCAGAGCAGAGAGAGUUGUCCACAGCCAUAGAUAUCAUCAAGGCUGCUCUCAUGACCAACAAGAAAUCAACAGAGUACAUCCCGGCGGCUGGCAGCCACUGGCAUGAGCGUUCCCUCAUUCCACUUUGGCAUUUGUUGGCCCUGCUUCUCAGUGCGCGUCAGGACUACGUCAUGGCCGCUCGAGCUUGUGAGGGUGCUUUCGAGCAAUUUGGUGAUCCGGCAGUACUGUUUGGAACUCAGGGGCUGCAGAGUCAGUUCCGAAGCGAUCACCUCAACGAGCUUGAAGCCAAGAAUGGACAUGGCAAACCGGGCGCUCUUGUUGACGAGAUGGACGAUCUUGAAAAGGAGAAUAUUAUCGAGGUCAAGAUGACCCAACUUGCGCUUCUAGAGCUGCUCGAAGGCCCAGAAGUUGCCGUCAACGCAAGUCACGAACUGCUUGUUCUGUACACCAGACUUUUUGGAACUAUGCAGACAAAUGCCCCAUCGACAACACAGAGGUCUCUCACCGUUGCGCCUCCGAAAAGCUCGGCAGGGACGUUGCGUAGUUUUCGAGGUAGUGUUUUUGGAAACCGGGGUAGAGCUUCUAGCAGGCUGCGAGAGACAGUUCCUUUAGAGGAAGAGACACCAAUGUCACCAUCAGACCGACCUCAAACUGCUCAGAACCCACCAUCCACUGCCGCUCCUGUCACUGCCGCCGCCGAUGCGCCCCCAGCUCCUGCUAUACAAAUCACUCGAGACAACACGGAUUUGUCCGACACACGCUCCCGCAAGUCCACCGGAAGUGUCCGGGGGCGCCGAAGUGACUCUGUAAAACGGGGCAACAGUCUCAAGAAGCGCGAUGCCAGCAGCCAGCAACGAAGAGCUGCAAGCACAAGCAGACCUCCAAGCCAGCGGGCACACCAGCCAACUAUUUCUGAUGGUGACGCAUAUUUCACGCCUCUGGGAGAUGCCGCAGCCACUGACAGGCCAGACUUCUUUGAUUGGAAGACCAAGAGCAACAUCUCUAGCCAACAGUCUUUCUCAAAGGGGAGAGGGUUGCUCAGGUACGAUUCUACAGCUUCUUCGUAUAAGGGGUCGACCACAGGCCCGGAAUCCUUUACUCUGGAUUCUCUCUCACCACCAAUCACAUUGCCUCUGCUUCAUUUCCCCGCGGAGCAAACAAAGAGACAGCGACAGACGAUCCUCGUUAAAGUAUGGUUGAUGAUUGCAGCAUUCUACAGACGUGCGGGGGUGUUUAGUCAGUGCCAGAACGCCAUCGAUGAGGCCAAGAAGAUUAUUGAAGCCAUGGAAUUGGAUAUUGCCAAGGACACGUCUGGAUCUGUUGGAAUCAGUCACCCUGGUUGGGGUGGUAAGAGAAGUGUCGAGGAGCUAUGGGCUGAUGUUCACUCGGAGACUGGUUCCCUCUCAGUUGCCGAGGGUAUUCCAUACAAAGCUCGAGCCGACUUUGAAGAAGCUUUGAUGCACAAUGCAAACCAUCCGGCUGCCAUUGUAGGAUUGUCGACGAUCUUGUUGGACAUUUAUGCCGAGGUCCUUUCGCCUGCGCCAGCCAUUCCAGGUAUCGCAGAGCCGGACGGGCAGCCAAUCAAUAUUGAUGAUCCAACAGCAACACACGAGAGUCUCGCAUUGCGAUCAAAAUCUGCACUGGCCCUCACUGCUCUCCCAUCCGGUCCAUUAGGACUUGGCGGAGAGGCGACGAGUUCACCUGCAAUUAGUGGAUCACCUCCCAAGCAGCAGCGGAAGCCAUCCCAGGCCGUGUCGAUCGAAGAGCUCCCAGCGCCAUACAAGGCAAAAUCGCUACCUCUAGUGGACAGACUUGCUGCCAGAGAUCGGGCAUACGGUCUGCUGUCGGGCCUCACGCGACUCGGCACUGGCUGGAACAACUCGGAUGCGUGGUUUGCUCUGGCCAGGGCUCACGAGGAGAGUGGCCAGAUGGACAAGGCAAAAGAAGCCCUUUGGUGGUGCGUGGAGCUGGAGGAAGGCAGGGGCAUUCGCGACUGGAAUAAUGUUGGCGCAGGUCGUUAUGUCCUGUAA